AAUCAAUUGCCACAGAUCGGCGCACGUCAUCCGCGAAAUCCAUGGUUGGGCCUUCGGCAAAGCUGCUGCCAGCAUGGUGCGCGGUUCUAUGCAUGGCAAUGCGGACAGCCGUCGAGAUCGAGGACACGCAGGUGAGCUCACUAGAUGUGCAGCGCGGCAAAGACGCGGGGGAGCGAGUCAAGACAGCCCAGCAAGACGAUGCAGCGGAAAGCUGCCCUGCGGACGCACAUGCCGUGAUGGCCCUACGGAAGCUGGGCGCGCAGGAGGGCAGCCGCGGGCCGCACCACUGCAACUGGCCAGGUAUAGCCUGCCAGCGCUGCAGUGUCUCCAGCAUACGUUUGCUGGGGAUGAAACACAUCACCGGAUCCAUCAAGGAGCUCCAGCACUUCGCUGAACUGAAUGUGUUGGAGCUAGGUGCAGCGAAAAUUUGUGGGGACAUCAAAGCACUGGCAAACCUGACAAAACUGCAGAACCUAUCACUUAGUGGAACUCAAGUGACGGGUGACAUCUCCCACCUGAACAAGCUGGUUCAACUGAAGAAGCUGCAGCUCGACAUGACUCUAGUGUCAGGCGACGUCUCCCAUCUGAACAAGCUCUUUCAACUGAAGGAGCUGCGCCUUGACCGGACUCAAGUGUCAGGUGACAUCUCCCAUCUGAACAAGCUGGUGAAACUGAAGGAGCUGCACCUCUAUCGGACUCAAGUAUCGGGUGACGUCUCAGACUUGAAGCGACUGACCCAACUGAAGGCGCUCUCCCUUGCCCAAACCAAAGUGUCAGGUACCAUCUCAGACCUGAAGCCGCUAACCCUGCUGACUUCACUUUUCCUCGAAUACACUCGAGUAUCAGGUGACGUCUCAGAUUUGAAGGCACUCACCCGGCUGAAGUUCCUGCGCCUCUAUCACACUCAAGUGUCAGGUGAUGUCUCAGACCUGAGGGCACUGACCCAGCUGCAGACGCUGGACCUCCAGGGACUUCAACUGUCAGGCAACGUCUCGGACCUGAAAGCUCUUACCCAGCUGACGUUCCUGCGCCUCUAUGAGACUCAAGUAUCGGGGGACGUCUCAGACUUGAAGGCGCUGGUUGGGCUGAAGUGGCUGUCCCUCGGCCAAACCAAAGUGUCAGGUGUUGUCUCAGACCUAAAUGCACUGACCAAACUGCGGAGGCUGUACAUCUACCUGACUCAAGUGUCAGGUAACGUCUCACACUUGAAGGAACUCACCCAACUGAAGCGGCUGCACCUUGACCGGACUCAAGUGUCAGGUGACGUUUCAGACUUGAACGCGCUGCAUCGACUGAAGGUGUUGUCCCUUUACGACACUGAAGUGGCAGGUGACAUCUCCGGUCUCAGCGCACUCCCUCAACUCCAGAAGUUGUCCCUGCAAAAGACUCACGUGACAGGGAACAUCAGUAACCUCAGCACCGUCGCAGGGCUGCGAGACCUGUCACUGGCGGACACUGGAGUCUAUGGUGAUCUUGGCGUUCUGACCAUGUUGCCAAACCUCACCAAUGUGGACCUGCAACGCACCUCGGUCUCAGGGCGAUGGAUGGUCAGCUGGCGGGGCUGCUGUAGAAAUCUUCGCAGGCUGCUGCUCAGUGGCAGCAAUGCAAGCCUUUUGCCAGAAGGUGGUAAUCUUGCUGGCCUACGCGAGCUCUGGACCCCUGACCUGCAUCCGGAUGGUGCCUUUCUGCCAGCUCUGACUACUCUGGAAGUUUCGGGAUGCCCCCUGCGCGGGUCUCUGCAAGACUUGCUACUGAUCUUGGCUGCGUCACCGGCCGUCUCGAGGGUUGUGGCAGAUGGCAGCAACCUAACAGGGUCAGUGCGCAGCGAGCGUUUGGAGAGGGUCCAUGUGAACGGCGAGACAAGAAACGUCUGGACAAGCUUGCUGUCGCAGAGUCUGCAAAAUUUGGAAGUGUCGAACAACCAGAUCUCCGCCGUGGAGGCUCUGUUACCUUCCACACACUUGGGCCUAGCGUGGAACGGCGGCCCACUGCGUCUGGCGAAUGGGCUCUUGCAGGAGGCGCUCUCGAAGGCUGUGUCGGUGGACCUUCAAGGCACCUCGCUGACCGACGCCAGCCAACCAGAGCAUCUAUUGACGAAUGGCGCGCUCCAAAUAACUGAGAGGAUUAUCAUGAGCGAUGAGCGCAGGGGCAUUGCUUGCCGUGGGCUCGUCAGCUCAACCCUGCAGGUGUCACCUGAUCUGUUCUUACCAGAUCGUCUGUGUGGCUGCUUGGCUGGCUGGCAAGGCUCUGGUGUAAGCUGCCGGAUGUGCCCACCAAAUUGGUAUAGCUAUGUGAACAGCACCAAUUGCGCAGAGUGCCCGCGGAACAGCACCUCCUCAUGGGGCGCAACCUCUGUGCAGCAGUGCAAGUGCGAGUUCGGGAUGAUCUACAACCCUGCAGCACAAGUUUUGACAUCGACACGACAGCCAGACCACAGCCACGGCGAGAGCCAUGAGUGCGGCUGUGUCAAGGGUCAGGCAUUCCACGAUGACGCCUGCAGUUCCUGCGACGAUCUGCAUCUCAGCUGCAAGGGUCCGGGCUUUGCGGCCAUCACAGCCCCAGCAGCGAUGGGCUGGAUGCGCCUGAAGGCAGAGACUGUACAAAUCUUCAGGUGCACGGACCCGCAGAGUCGUUGCAAGCCGGAUGGCCCAAAUGGAUGCGCGCAUGGCUAUGCUGGGCCGCUUUGCAUCAUGUGCGCAGAAGGACAUUAUGCUUCUGGAAACAUUUGCAAAGAGUGCACAGCCUCCUUGCAGACCGGAGACAUUCGCAAAGCCAUAGUAAUAGCCACUGCAAUUAUUGCAGCUGCUGUUGUCAUGCGGCGCAGGUGCGCAGAGAUUGGAACAGCUGAGCCACGCAACGCAGCGCUCGCCCUGCUGAUGGCUCAGGGGCCUAUGCUGCUGCAGCUCUGCCAGCUCUGGAUGGUGCUUGCUGUGCUGGCUAGCUCCCACCAUGGCCUCGAAAGCAAAGUUGAGAAGGAUGCGGACCACAGCUUCGCUCACUCCUUCUGGGAAGAGCCGUACAUCCAGUGGCUUCAGCUAUCCGUGCAGGGCCUGAAGGACGCACUGAGCCUGGACUGUUCCUUUGGAGCUGCUGCGCGUCUGGCCGUACCUGUGGCUGCAUCACUGGUGCCCCUGGCGCUGCUGGCGCUGUGUGUUGCGGUGGAGCUGGCUUUUCACAGCACAGGAAUCAGCAUGGCGCUACGUAUUCUCACCCUCUUCUUUGUGGGUGGUGCUGCGGGCUGUGCGAAGCUGCUGACCUGCCAAGAUGUUGAUGGAGGAGGCAGAGCCUUGAGCGAGGAGCUCGCCUUCCGACUUGUUAUGCCGGACGUGAAGUGCUCGACCAGCAGCUGGGUGGAUGCGGUUGGCUGCCUAUGCCUGCUCGCCUAUGGCGUCCUUAUUCCACUUGGCUUGCUGACUCUGAUGAUCAAGCAGCACGUUGCGCUCCACGCGAUCAAAAGGAUCCAGCCUUUGAUCAAGGAAGAUGACAAGCUCCUCAUUCGCUUGAAUGAAUUUGGCAUAUCCCAUGACAAGUUUGCAGAGAAGGACCAACGAUUCGAGAAGAACCUCUUGGCCGCUGCAGUAUCCCAUAUCACAGUUUUGUUCCGUGGGAAGGUUCGAAUGCAGAAAGAGAAGGGAGGCAUGACCUUGAAGUUCGUAGAUGAAGGCGUCCUUUCUGAUGCGGCAUCAGGCGACUUCGGUGAAAUGCUAGAGCUGCUAGAGAUUCAGAGAAGCGCCGACGCGCAGAAAUGCACGGCAAUCAUGAGGAUGCUGAUGGAGCGCUGCGUCUUGGAAGAGUCAGCUUCAGAUCGUAUCUUAACUGGUGCCAAAGAGCUUUUCAACAAGUACGUCUGGUGCCAAGAUGUUUGGGUGGAAAUGAUGAUGCGGCUUGCAGCUGUUGCUCUCGUCUCAGUCGUCUCUGUCCCGCGGGGCCUGGGCCUGUCGGUGGGCAUCACCUUGGGGGUGGGCUUGAUGAUCGGCUUCAUGCAGCCUUAUGCCCAGCGCCAGGUAAAUCACCUGCAGUGCUGCUGCUUCAUUUGUCUGGCGGUGGCGGCGGUGGGGUUCGGCUUCAAGUGGAUUUGGCUCGCCCGCGCGGCGCUGGUGCUGCCCUUCCUGGUCUCGUGCGUCCAGCUGAAGAAUCCAGAUUGCCCAGAAGCCUUGGCUCUGCGACUCUUCAAGGCACUGGAGCGACAGCUUGCGGAGCUGAGCGAGGGCAGGGAAUUCGUGGUGGAGGAGCUGAGCUUCUGAGAGCGAAGGGGGCGCGACGCCCUGCCUCCUGUGAGAUAUGUUUCAGGGCAAGGGUCUCAGUCACAGAAAGGUCAGGAAGGAUUGUCUUUGCCUAUUCAAGUUGGUUUGUUGCUGAAGCCUUGGGUGGGGGGGCACCGAGAGGCAGAUCCGACCACGCAGUUAGUGUGUUCAGAGACCUCUGGACUGAUCGAAAGCAGAAAACCUCAGCGUCGUUUUAAAGAAGCUGCCAGCAGGAUCUUUUGCGGCCACCUGGGUCGAACUUUAUCUCUGACAUGGUGUGUUUCUUUCCUGCCUCCGGGUUGCAGCAUCAAAGUCAUCGCCAGUCCAGGGUUCCAAGUUGGUUCCUUGGGCGCUUGCUCUCCAUAUAAGCAUGCCAACGUUUGAGCUUCUCACGCGGGAAGGCAUGCGUGUCUUCGACUGCUGGAGCAAGGGUAGCAAGAAG